GUCGCUGAGCAAGCGCGCGGACGCACGCGCGGGUGGCAAAUGGCGGCGAAGCGCGGGGGAUGCCGAGAUCGCGUGCCUGUGGUUGAAGACCGGACUGCCUAAUCGGGGAGCGUAGCAGUCGAUCGAGGAAAUUAGGAUCCGCGUCCGAGUCCCGGCAAUGCGCGUCGAAGCAGUCGUCCUCCACAGGCCAGUCGUCCCCGUGCGAGUGUCGCAGCUGAUAUUCUCCUCGCCAAGCCCUCGCCAGGCCUCCUGCUAGCCAUGGCUCCCCGGCUGCCCUUCUCAUGACUUCGGCUCUCCCUCCAUAUAUGGCUCCCCCUCACACCCCGGCCUCCGAGUCCCCCUCCACUUACCCCGCCGCGUCGCCACGCGCGCCAUGCCCGACUCGCGCUGCAUCGCGCUCCUCCUUGGCCUCCUUCUCUCCGCGGCCCUUACGCGCUUCUUGCCGCGCGUAGACCCGCCGCCCGCCCCUCCCACCGGGUCCAAAUACGUCCUCUUCGGGUCGGGCCCCUGCCAGUCGGUAUCCGUGGAAGUAUACGCUGAAUGGCGGAAGACAUACGGCGAUGUCAUCUACAUCCGCGUCUCGGGAACCCCAUCCUCGUCCGCGAUUUACUCCUCCAGGCCGUAUAGGCCCAUGUAUGGGCUGGGAUUGGCUAUUUCUACCAUACCCUACGGCCCGUGGUGGAAGCAGCACAGAACGCUCUUCACCAAUACUUCAGCACCAACACCGCACCCGACUACCACGCCGUCCAGUCAAAGAGACAUGCGUGAUGCUCCAGAACUAUUGACGACACCCGACAAUCUUUCUUACCACGUUCGGCGGUUGUUCUUCCACCCAGCAGUCCCAGCAAAGUCACUCACGCCGCACAGCACCGCGGCCGCCAUCAUCAUGCAAAUAAUCUACGGCCACCAGGUCGCCCCCGAAGGCGACGUCUUCGUCGUGCUCGCCGACAGGGCGCUCGAGACGCUCGGCCACGCCGGCAUCUUCGGGACGUACCUCGUCGACUACAUCCCGCUAUUGAGGCAUGUCCCGACAUGGAUGCCCGGCGCAGCGUUCAAGCGCAAGGCACUGGAAUGGCGCAAGCUGAACCGCGCGAUGCUGAAUGAGCCGUACGAGAUGGUCAAAGAGCGGACGGUAAGCCCGGCCGCCUGCUCGGGUACCGCCGUGCCGUGCUUCGCAACCGCUGAGGUAGAGAAACGGACGCAGUCCGGACAAGACCCGCAGUACGAACGGCUAGUCAAGGGCGUCGCCGCACCGCAUACGCCGCUGGCGCAGACACGUGCGACCACUCCGUCAUCUAGCGACACUGACAACCCGGCCAUCUCGCCUACACUCGCUCCAGACGUCUCCGCCAUCCAAUCCUUCUUCCUCGCCGCGACCGUCUACCCCGACAUGUUCAAGCGGUGUCAGGCCGAGAUCGACCGCGUCGUGGGCCCCGCCCGCCUGCCCACCUUCGCAGACCGGCACCUCCUCCCGUACGUCGACUGGGUCGUCUGGGAGUGUCUCCGGUGGAACCCAGGUGCGCGCUCCCCGCAGCUCGCCGGAGUGAGUAGUGCGCCGCUGGGCGUCGCGCACAGCGUGACGGAGGACGACGUCUAUGAGGGGCACUGGAUACCCAAGGGGACGACCGUGCUCCCGAAUACUGGUAAGCUACCUUCCCUCACUCCUCCCCUAAGCCCUUGGCUGAAGACGGCGGUUCGCGCGAAGGGGCAUCCUGCACGACGAGACGACGUACCCCGACCCGCUCCGGUUCGCCCCGAGCGGUACGCGGACAAGAAGACGAACGCGGAGCGCGGCACCAACGAGCCGCCCCUCGCGGCCUUUGGGUUCGGCAGGCGAAUAUGCCCCGGCCGCUGGCUCGCGAUGGACAACAUCUGGGUCGCCGUCGCCACCGUCGCCGCGGUGUUCGACGUCUCGAAAACGCUGGACGCGCACGGCGUGCCUGUCGAGCCGUCCGUGGAGUUCUCGUCCACGAUGCUCAGUCGGCCACCGCCGUUCCCGUGCAGGAUCACACCGCGCUCGGAGGCGGCGCGGAGGCUCAUUGAACAGUCGGUGUACGCGGACUGA